CUCAAAUGAGACGUAGUGAUUAUAUUCUCUUUGUCAAAUGAGUUGCAAAUAAAAUUCAGUUGAAUUCCGAGAUUCUUUGGUAAACAUUGAUAAAAAUAAUAGGAUAAUUUAGUUACAAUGUGAAUCUAGAUAAAACAUAAAACACAUCCUUAAUAAGUUCCCUCGUUUUGUUGUUGCUUUUAAUAAUAUUAUUACAUAAACGGGUUUCGGUAUUUUCAAAACUUGUGAUAUUAUUAUGGUGAAGUAUUUAAUUACUGAAAUAAGAAGUGAAUAAAUAAACACUGGAUUUGUUAAAUAAAACCAAAUCAACGAGUAUGAAUCACGAUGGUUUCGGCGGGAAAGAAGAGCACGUGCUUGAUGACAUGCGGCUCCCUGCUCAUCGUCACGGGAGCGAUCAUGGUUGUCUUCUGGCCUGCCAUAUUCUAUAGUCAGCUAAAGAAGAUGAUGAUACUAACAGACAGUUCAACAUCAUUCUCGAUAUGGAAGGACAUCCCUAUUCCCCUCUACCUGGAGUGCUACCUGUACCACAUCACUAAUGUGGAGGAGAUUGUGAGCGGGAAGGACCACAAGAUCAAAUUAGAACAGAGGGGACCGUACGUGUUUAGAGAGUUCCAUACGAAGGAGAACAUAACAUGGAACGAAAACAGCACAGUGACGUUCUACAACAAGAAGGUGUGGCACUUCCAGGCCGACAUGUCCAAUGGCACGCUAGCUGACAACGUCACCAACAUCAACCCCAUCAUUGCGACGGUGGCGUACUUCAUGCGCUACCAGCAUCCUCUCCUCAAGCUGACGGUAGACGUGUUUAUGAAGACGAUCCACGAGCACAUGUUCAUCACGGCGACCGCGUCCGAGUGGCUGUUCGACGGCAUCGACGACCCCAUACUCAGAAUAGCGGACCGUUUCCCCGAACUACCCUUCACUAUACCCUUCGAUAAAUUCGGAUGGUUCUACGACCGAAACGAGUCCCUGGUGUACGACGGCGCGUUCGUGAUGAACACCGGCGCGUCCGACUUCUCCCAGCUAGGCAACGUGCAGAUGUGGCGGCACUCCGACCGCACCCAGUUCCGGGGGGAGUGCGGGGAGGUGCGUGGCUCCACGGGGGAGCUGUGGGCGCCCGAGUUCGGCCAGGAGGAGGUCGAAAUAUUCGCGCCGGACCUGUGCACGUACAUGACUCUGUUCAAGAACGUGAGCACGACGGUGCUCGGUAUAGAGGGCGUCACGUACGCCGCCAACGACUCGCUCUUCGACAACGGAUACAAGUAUCCUAGGAAGGCGUGCUACUGCGACGAGGUCCGCGACCGCGACUGCCUGCCGUCGGGCGCGCUGAACGUGUCGCAGUGCCGGUACGGCGCGCCCGCCAUGGUCACGCAGCCGCACUUCCUCAACAUGGACCCCUACUACGCGCAGAAGGUGGAGGGCAUGGAUCCCAAGCCCGACAUGAACAUGGCGCUGACGCUGGAGAUGUUCACGGGCAUGCCGCUGGGUGUGUCCGCGCAGCUGCAGAUCAACAUGCUCAUCAGAUACGUGGAGGCCAUAUCCCUGAACAACCAGCUGCCGGAGGACGACGUGUUGGUGCCGAUGAUGUGGUUCCGGCAGGAGCUGUCGACGACGGAGGAAUACGCCAAUUUGGCGCGCGUAGCUCUCAACGUGCGCUACGGCGUGCCCUACGGACUGUACGCGCUCACGGCGAUCGGAGCGUUGCUUCUGCUAUUCGGUAUCUACAUACUGGUCAAGAAGAUAAUGAAAUCGCCCGAAACUCCCAUACUGCGAGAAUCACCGAGUGUUGAAGAAUAAUACCUAAUGUUGGUUUCGAAAAUGCUACUGCAACCAGUUUGCCGCCUAUUUUUUAUAUAUUUUCCUUACUUUAAAACGCACAUUUAAAUGAAGUAUAGUAUGUCCUUGUGUCCUAUCGAAAUUAAAAAAAAAAAAGCAAUAAACAUUUUAAAAGAUUAAGUAGAUAGACGUAAUAAAAUUUAAAAGAAUAUAAACAACAAACUUUUUUGGAUUUGGCGAAUCGCGGUUUAAAGGUUAAUGAAUGUAAAUCCAUAUUCCAUAGAUAAGAUAUAAUAUUUUUUAUUUAGUCCAGUCAACGUCAAGGGUCACGGAGCCAUUUUUAUCUCAAGUCACUUGCACUUGUUUUUUAUAUCGCAAAAUAUAAUUAUUGUUAUUAAAAUAAUAUUAUAAGCUCGAUUAAACUUUAAACGA